AUGAUUUUAUCUUUAUAUUUUGUCAUUCUUGUUAAUCCUCUUACGAACCCUUUCUCGAUUCUCAUUCCCGAAUAUGGUAUCAUUAUUGACGAAGUAAAAGUCGGUAUUGACCAAAUCACUUUUGGGGAUUUAAAAAAACUGAUAUGUAAACAAAAUCCGAAUAUCUUUAAAGCAUAUGAAGCUGAAAAAAUGAACCUAUGGAUGGUUAAGGGUCUUAGCCAAGGAAACGAUAUGUGGAAAAAACUUAAAAUAUUGACCAAGGAGAAGGAGCCUGAAACAAAAAUCAUUGAAGAAAUCGAAGGCGAGAUUUUACCCCCAAAUGAGAAUGUUUUGGCAACCAUUUUAGCUGAUAUGCUUUCUUCACAACAACCAUUCUCUCCUUAUCGACAAAGUUUUAGUCACAAGUUCUAUGAUCGCAAACAAGCUAUGGAUAAGAUUGCAAAAGUCGCCAACAAUAAUUAUCUCAAACGCUUGAGUAGUAAUCAUAAAGAUCAACAAUUUAUAUUGAUUCCUGGUGGAUCAGGAAUAGGAAAAUCGCGAGCAGGAAUGGAGUCACAACAUCUGGUCACCCAUGCAGAAGAAUCAGUAUUGGCAAAUUUAACUGUUGAAAUAGAAUUGGUUAAGGCCGCCCUUAAUGAUCCCAUUUAUAUAUUUAUCGAUAUAAUUAAUGGAUAUAACUACGACCAACAAAUUGAUGAAAAUCAUGCAAAAGUACGAAUAGGAGUGCGUGUUGCAAUAGCUGCGGGCUUGAUAGACAAUACGCCGAAUUUCAUUGAGCUCUAUUGCCUUGAUAAUGUGAUAAAAGAAAUCCUUCGCCGCCGUUUCAAAGAAAAAGGUCGAUCUCUUGAAACUGUCAUUAUACAUAUCGAUGAGUAUCAAAGAUAUAUUGAUUACGUUCACCAUUAUAAAAAAAUAUCAUGGGAGGACGCCCGCAUCUUCUUCAAGAAUAUGCUACAAGAGAUUGGUGCUGUAAUGCGCAGUCAGGCUAUACGAAAGCAAGAAGGUAUUGAGGAAUACUUUAUUAUCCCGAUAUGCACUGGAACAUCAGCAAUUGAUGUUCACUUUUUGCAUACAGAAUAUACUAAAGUUCUGGUCCAACUCAAACCUUUGGAUUAUAAUUCAGCAUACAUGAUGUUUCUUGACAAAUAUCAAUACUCAAAGCAAACCACCAAAAGUGCAAAGAAAAUUUUAAAACAACAUAUUGAAAAGUAUUAUAAUACAUCAUUUGAUGAAAGUGUACUUGAUGAACGUUCAAAGGAACUUUGUGAACUUGUAUUAUCUCAGGAACAUUUUCGUAUCGCUCUAUUUGAUACAGGGUUUAUUCCCAAGUACCUGGAUAACCUUCUAUCUCCUCAAAAUAUUACACCACAUAUUGACUGGGGCAAUAUUUUAUUCCAUACAAUGUCAGUACAAUCUGUUGAAAUUAACGAAUUAAAACCAGGUUGCUGGAAAAGUAUUGAAGACAUCUGUACCAUAAUCUCAUUUGGGAUUACCCGACAAACUGUUAGAAGAGAUUUUUUGUUACCUAGUUGGACUUCCAUUGGCGAUGUUGAGCGAGCAGGUUUAAUCUUUCUCAUAAUCCCCACCGAAACUCAUUCCAAUGAUGAAUUCAUUAUUUUUAUACCUUUUAUGUUAAUGAAGUUACUUAACAAAAUGCUCCUGUUUACAGCGUAUCUCUUGAUUCCAGAUAAACUACUCCUUAUUCCAAUGAAAGAUCGCCCUUGGCGGUGGCAAGAUUUUGAGUCCCUUCAUGGAUACUACCAAAGAGCACUUAUUAAGUCUUUAAUCAACGUUAAAAACGCACAAAUUCUAGCUUUAGAGAAAAGUAUUAGUACGCUUCAAUGCCUUAGCGUCACCAAAAAAGUAGACGACGGUGAUGCGACUCUUCUUCACUGCCAAGUCGAAUUACGCGAUGUGGGUGUCUUUAUCGAGAAAGAAAAGUUUCUUGUUAAAACAACAGACAUUGCACAAUUUAGCAAAUUGGUAUUGUGUGAUGAUAACAUUACUCGUUCUCUCGAGUCAGCUAUCUUCCAUUACAAAUAUUCGAAAAAUGAUACAAUGGAUCCCAGUGUCAGCGGAACAACACUUUUAGAUUGGUACAAUAUAACACUUCGGUCAGUCAGUAGCUAUGCUAAUAACUAUGAAAUUAUUCUCAUUUUUUUCACUGUUCGACGUUUUACAGGAAAUAAUCUUCACAAGAUGCCUCAGUUGCUUCUUAUUGAUUUAGAUUGUAUUAAGGACUACCUUUCACCAUCAUUUGCCCACUGUGGCUUAGUAAUACCAUAA